AGCUUGCCGUCCACCACGCUGUCGCCAUGUCUUCUGGCAACAGCGUAGCACGGGCCUCAGGGCAACUGGAGCUGACCAGCAACGAGGCACAACUGCUGUUGGGCGCUAUCCAGCAGCACGUCGGCACUCGACCCGAAGGCAUAGGAGCCCACGUCCCAGGUGAGCCCUCCCAAGUUGGGCCCUACCAGGCUGAGGGUGAGCCCUCCCCAGGUGAUAUCUUCCAGGGUGAUCUCUUCCAGGGUGCGCCCUCCCCAGGUGCGCCAUCCCCAGGUGAGCCCUCCCAAGUUGAGCCCCAAGCUCCUGAUGAUGAGGCCGUGCUCGCCUUUCUAACCGAGCGGAAACUUCCCAGCAUCAAGCUUCCCAUCCGUUUUUCAAAGGGACUCCUGGUGCCGGGUCAGGUGGACGAAAUCUCGCGCCUCUUUCUGGAGAGGACGGCGGCCUAUCCUGGGCUGAACCUGAGCCUGGCGUAUAUCGAGGGCGACAUAUUUGUCGACUCGAACAUGUCUCUUCCGGCGGGCCUGGAGGGUGAGCUAGUCGGUAUCAGCCGCGUGUUCGCCAAACGCGCGGGCUGCAUUGAACCGGGUGUGGAUUUUGCGACGAGGGGGAGGUAGGUUCAGAAAGGCUGGCUUGGACGUCUUGGAUACGCCAAGUAGGGAGGGUGCUCGCGGAUAUGGGCAACUGCAGUGGGAAUAAGUGGUGCAUGUAAUUAACUGGCCGAUGGAGGUAGCAAAUGGCAAUAUGGGCUUACACUGGACAUUCGACAUGUCGGCACACCAAAGAAGCAGUCGGAGGCCAAACGAAAGAAAUUAUAUAGUUAUUUGUCCUUAGAUGUCGUAUCGCAUAAAUCAUCAAGUCAUCAACGUGAG